AUGCCUGUCUAUACUUGCUACCUGUUCGUCUUGCUGACAGUCUGUCCCUUGGCUCUGCUCUCAGUCUUGGCCUCUCCGCAUUCUACCGCCUCUAGCUCAGAUCUCGCCGUACCUCCGGGUGCUCCCAUAGUGACGCUCGACAAUGCAACCGUCUUUGGCACCUCGGAUGGCUGGACAAACUCUUUCCUAGGCAUUCCCUUCGCACAACCGCCGUUCGUGUUGCACUCAAUCCGUGUCAACCGUAAGGCUUACCCAUCCUUCCUCAGCGUCGGCGAACUUCGUUUGAGCCUGCCAAAGCCCGUUUUGCCCUACUCUGGAGUUAUCAACGCGUCAUACUGGGGGAACCAGUGCAUCAAUACCUUGUUCCUCGGAGCGCAAACGGUUCCAUCAUAUUAUACCCCUGAAAUGGUCGAUUACUUGGGAAUAUUCACGGUGUCUCCACCCGCCCCUUUUGAUGAAAAUUGUUUGAACCUGAACGUCAUCGCUCCUGCGAACACGGAGCCAGGCGACAAGCUACCCGUCAUAGCGUAUAUCUUUUUCAGUGACUUUGACUUCGGUGGAAGUUACAACGUAGAUGGGAGAAUCAUGGUGAACCGCUCCCACGAACUGAAAGAACCGGUGAUUUGGGUGUCUAUGAAUUAUCGGUUGGGACCUUUCGGCUUCCUCCCGGGAAGAGAGGUAGGAGAAGCAGGCGUGGGCAAUUUGGGACUCCAAGACCAGCGCCAAGCGCUUCGCUGGAUCCAGAAAUAUAUCUCUGCGUUUGGGGGAGAUCCUGAUAAGGUGACGCUGCUUGGGCUGAGUUCAGGUGCGACAUCCGCCACCCUCCAUACAAUUGCAAACGGUGGCGAUAGUGAGAGUCUCUUCCGCGCUCUCUGGGCCGAAUCUGGUGCUAUUCAGCACUCUCCUUGGAUCGAUAGCCCUGCCGCUCAAGCGACCUACGAUGCCUUCGCAGACGCUCUUGGCUGCUCGGGCGCCCCCGACUCCCUCGAUUGUAUGCGUCAAGUGCCAGUCGAAAAUUUCACCACGGUGGCCCAAAGUGGGACAUUUUGGUUACUGACUGCGGACGGGACUUUCAUCCGAGAGCUCCCUCAACUGGCUCUAGCUCGUGGACAGGUAUCUCGCGCCACUGUUGUUACCGGUAUCGCCGAGGAUGAGGGAACACUUCCUACUUUAGCCUUCCCGAACGGCGCGAACGACACACUUUUGCAAGAAUUCGUCAAGGGUUCCUUCCCGAACAUCACAGAUAAGGAUAUGAGUACUUUACUUGGUCUCUAUCCCAAUGAUCCGUCGUUGGGUGCACCGUAUGGUACUGGCCAUCAAUAUGAGCUGGCCCCUCAAUACAAGCGUAUUGCCUCCCUCAGCGGUGACAUCAGUUUCGACUCCAACCACAGGCUCUAUGCCCGCAGCCUCGUACAACAAGGGAUUGACGUGUAUUCCUAUUACUACGAGCGCUUCUUCGUUUCCGGAUUCGGAGUGACGCAUGGCUCAGAACUUCCCAACAUGUACCAGGCGGGAGACAUGGCUGACAUGUUCAUCCAUUUCGUGAAUAGGCUUGAUCCCAACGGGUCGCCCUCUCAGCUCUUUUGGCCAAAGUACACCCUAUGGCAACCAACGAUGCUGACGUUCACCGGGAACAAGUCGCAGGGGAGGGAAGGCACUUUUGGGCACAAGGAUGACACGUAUCGCGCGGCGGAGAUCGACUUCAUCAACUACUUGAAUCUGAACGUAAAUUAG